AUGAUGCGAAGUGCGGAGGAAAAGGGCAGGAACCAUGUUUUCUCGCAGGGAUCGAACUUUUACCGACGAAUGUUGCUCGACUCAGAUUCCGAAUCACUAUAUGUUGGGGCUGAAGGUUAUUUAUAUAAACUGAGUCUCUACAACAUAAACGACACUGUUACUGUCGGAUUGUUUGCGAAGUUUGAAUUAACGGUUUCUUCGACGGAUGAAAAAGAAUGCAGACAGAGCGGCCAUGAAGAUUGCUCCAAUGGUGUCAGGUUGAUUUUUCUAAAAAAUCAGAAGAAAUCAUUAUUGGUGUGCUCAUCAAAUGCAAUGAAACCACAGCUUCAUGAGCUUGACUCAUCAACGCUUUCCGAGUUAACAACGCCAGAAAAUGUCAUUGGCAUUUGUUCCCCGGAUCCAAAUAUUAAUGCUACUGCUGUCUUAGUGGAGUGGGGAAACCCCGAUGAUAUUCCUGCUGUUUACUCUGGUAUUCGUACGGGUUUUCCGUUGGAUAAUCACCUGAUAUAUCGUCCAUCGUUAGUAGUCAAUAAACGGGAACUAUACCCAUCUUUAAAAACUGUAUAUACAGACUCAAAAUGGCUGUAUGAACCGCAGUUCGUCGCAUCUUUUAGUACCAAAAACCACGUUUACUUCUUUUUUCGCGAAGUUUCAGUAGAGCACCAACCAUGCGGUCCAAUAAUUCUUUCGCGUGUCGCUAGAGUUUGUAAGAGAGAUGUUGGUGGUAAGAACGUUCUUCGUCAAGUGUGGACCAGUUUUGUCAAAGCACGCUUGAAUUGUUCAAUUCCUUCGCAGUACCCGCUAUAUUUUGAUCAAAUUCAAACAGUAUAUCGCGUUGACACUGAUUCGGAUGUGUAUUUCUACUCAACUUUAACCACAGCAGACGUUAUAUUUGGCGGUAGUGCUGUUUGUGCCUUCACUCUUAGUUCAAUUAAUCAGAUUUUUGAUGAAGGUUCCUAUCUUGAACAAAUGUGGGUUGGUAACUUCUGGACCACUACUGCAUCAGAGGCGGUACCCUCUUAUCGUCCAGGCACUUGUGCAAAGAAUUCAGCAGAAAUUUCUGAUGGGGAUUUAAAUUUUGCGAAAAAUCACUUACUGAUGGCUGAUGCUGUCUCUGCAGGAGGUCCUUUGUUCACUGUACCGCAGGAAUUGCUUACACAUAUUGUAGUUGACGUUUUGGAUUCGUUUCAUACAGUUUUUGCGUAUUCUCACAGUUGUUGUCGUUCCACGCUAAAAGUUCUUCUGAAGUUAGUGCCUUUCAGCGUAGGUAAAGUAUAUAAAAUUGUUAAAUGGCUGAAAAACGAACAAAUAAAGCCAAAAUUAGUGGCUUCUUAUAAACUAGAAAACACAUUGCCUGUGUUUGCUAUGGUUCUUUGGCCGAGUAAAUAUUUCUACUUAUCGAACAAGGACUCUGUGCUACAGUAUGAUGUCUCGCAGUGUGGUCAUUACCUCGCUUGUAAGCACUGUAUUGCCGACCCUUAUUGUGCUUGGAAUUUGGCGCGGAACUCCUGUUCGAAAAAGGAUUUGGAGAAAACAUUUGUUGUUGGUUGGGUAGUCGGACCAGCUCAAGAAAAGAAUGCCUGCCAAGAGGUAGUUACAAAGUCGGUUCUAAGGGUGUUUCCUGGAGAUAGUGUUCAUAUGCCGUGUGAUGUGGUCAGUGGUUUUUGGAAACAUAACGACCAUCCGUUGAAUUCAUGUGCAACGGGUCACUAUACAAAAGACGGAGGGUUAAUUUUGCUUUCUGUUUCCGUGAUUGACAGUGGUACUUAUGAGUGUUAUUCUGGUACAGAGCGAGUUGUUGCUUAUUUUGUGGAGGUUGAUGAUGCCAGUUGCCAGAGGCCCACAAGCUUAGCUCAGUUCCAGUCAUCAUAUAGAGAAUGGUGCAAGAAGCUGACUCUGUAUAAGUCCAACGUGACGAAGUGGCAGAAAUGGUACGAAAGAAACGGUCAGUGUUUGAACGAAGUACCUUUAUAG